GCGGAGCCAUGGACGUGUUCCUCAUGAUCCGGCGGCACAAGACCACGAUCUUCACGGAGGCCAAGGAGUCGAGCACGGUGCUGGAGCUCAAGCGCAUCGUGCACGGCAUCCUGAAGCGGCCCCCCGAGGAGCAGCGCCUCUACAAGGAGGACCAGGUCCUGGAGGACUCCCGCACGCUGGGGGACUGCGGCUUCACGAGCCAGACCGCGCGGCCACAGGCACCGGCAACUGUGGGGCUGGCGCUGAGGACGGCAGAGGAGCCCUUUGAGCCGCUGCGCAUCGACGCCUUCUCCAGCCCCCCCGAGCUCCCCGAUGUGAUGAAGCCCCAGGACGCCCCCGGCGCCGCCCCCGAGGCCCCCCUGCCCUGAGCGCGCCUCCA